UUAAUAAAUUAAAAUCUAAUAAAUCAAAUGCAUCAAACAAUCUACCAACACAUACUGACAAUGAUGAUAUUAGUGCAUUGAGGACAACUGGGUUGUCAUACCCAAUAAAUAAUAUAGAUCCUUGUGAUUAUGAUGAUAUUGAUGCUAAUAAUCUUACUAAAACUGAUAAAACUAUUAGAGCUCCUCAAGAUAAUUCAAAAACUACUACUGUCAUAUCCACCGGCCCUAGUAAGAAAAUGGAUAAAGCAACUGACAAAGCCAAUGACAAUGGUGAAGAUAAUAAUGACAAUAAUGAUAAUGCCCAGAACAAUAAUGACGAUUAUGAUAAUACUCAGGACAACGAUUCUGAUUAA